AGUUUCUAGACCGUCUGACGGCACGCGGUCCGACACCACCAUCCCGCAAGGCGGCGCAGCGACUGGAGGAGAGUUUUACGCACGGACCGCGCGGUGAUGGUGAUGAACGCGUCUCCAUCGGAUGGCAGAGUCCUCCAGGGACUCUGGGACUACGUGAGAGAGGGACACGAGGACAUCCUGCUGUCCCCGUACCUGGCCGCCUGCUACGCCUUGCUGACGCACAUGCUGCUCUGUGCGCCUUUCUUUGCGCUCGACGCGCUGUGCGCCGUUUCCCCGCGGGUCCGCUCCUGGAGGAUCUGUGCACGUUCCGAGGCUCCGCCGUCUCUGCGGCGCUGGACGGACUGUUUGUGCAGACUGCUGCUCAGAUACGUCGGCGUGGUGCUCCCGGUCACCGCGCUCUUCCACAGGCUGCGCAGCCCCGUCUUACCGGACGCGGCUCCGUCCUGCUGGCAGCUCUUUGUGGACGUGUUCGGGUGUUUUCUGCUCUUCGACACGCUCUUCUUUCUCUGGCACUUCUGCUUGCACAGGUUUCCAUGGCUGUACCGUAACGUCCACCAGUUGCACCAUCAGCACCGGAUCCCCUUCGCACUGGCGGCUCAGGACGCCAGCUCAGUAGAGCUGCUGUCGCUGAUGCUGCUGUCUCUGAGCUGCGCGUGGGCGCUGGGCUGCCACCCCCUGAGUGAAGCCGUCUUCCACUUCCUCAACAGCUGGCUGGCGGUGGAGGACCACUGCGGCUACGACCUGCCCUGGGCUCUGGACAAGCUGCUGCCGGGCCUUGGCGGGGCGCCUUUCCACCAGGCACACCAUAUUUUCCACCAGGGCAACUACGCCCCCUACUUCACCCACUGGGAUCGACUCUGUGGCACCGAGUGUACAUCAGUGCUUUAUUCCCAUCCAGACUGACUGUGAUCACAUCUGCCACAAAGAAAGUUGUUUUCAGGUUAAAGAUCAGCUAUAUUGUGUAAAAUUUAUCUGAGAUGAAUUUUGUUACUGUUGAUGUCAAAUGUUAGUGAAACGAAUGUGUUACUUGGUUCCUCAAAUAGCAAUUUCAAUGCGAAUGUCAAUUUUUUUUAAGAUGAAUGAAUGAAUUUUUUUUUUUGUCUUUUUUUCUUGUUUUUGUCCGAUCUGGAAUCGAACACGAGAUGUUUUGUGCUGCAGCUACACAGACACAGUCUGAACCGCUGUGGGCGCUGAAACACUAUAUGGCUUUGAUUUGUCCCACUGCAAGUGAAUGUAGCUCAAGUGAGCAGGUGGAGACAAAGCACAGGCAGCUGAGCCAAUAAGAAAACUUCAGCGCUUUAUGAUGACACGGGUGUGGGCGGGGCUUUCAUGGUGUUCAGGUAAAGCAGCAAAUGUUCUGUUUAGCCGCAACAAACAGUCAUAUAAAAUGAUCCAAGUGUUUGUUUUUUUAAUUGAAAAAGUCAGAUUGUGGAUGUAUUGUCUUUACUGUAUGAACUGUAUCAAUGAUUACAGCUGCCGGGAACCACCGGCAGUUCUGAAGUGAUGAGCACAAGGCCACAGUAAUGUGUACACACCAUCACAGAGCACGUCUGUGCGUGAUUAAUGUCCCCAUCUGAAUGUUGAUCUCGACUUGCAUCAAGAAGCACAUCUGAUGUAAAAGUUGUGUUAAAUCAGUAAGCGGAGCUCCAAACCAGAGAUGGAGGAUCCACUGUGACCACCCUGAACAUCCAGCAGCAGCUGCAACUAGAAGGAGAAG